ACACAUAUAAAGAAAUCCAGACAUUAAAGUCCAUAAAUGAAGUUAUGUGUAAUGAAGAGCAAUGAUACAAGAAAAAAGUACUGAACACACUAACUGGAAAUUAUUUAAUACUUAGUGGAGAAGCCUUUAGUUUCUGUAUCUGAUAAAAACGAUGCUGCUGUCUCUGCAUAGCAAGCCAUCCGACAAGCGCAAAACAACAGCAACCAGCAACAUCUUCCUCUUUUCAGCGUCACGAAGUCGAGUCCGUCCCAAAAGCCAUCUAUUAAUCGUCCCAUCACACUCAUGGACUCGUUCCUUAUGUGGCGGUCACAGUAGGCCUUACCGCUCCAUUGACUUCCAUUCAAACGCAUCCGAAACGGCAGAAGAGAAACGCAAGCUCACGUGUAGAAUUUUGGUACUACGCUGCGUGAUGAAAGUUCAGAUUUGGUGAUCUCUGACCUGUGUAAUCGUAUCACGUAAAGACAUGUGACUAAUAGAUGAUCAUGAUGUCCCUGCAUGACCUUUUUAGUAAAAAAGAAAGAAAUUAAAAAAUGGAAGUGCUAAUUUUAGCAGUAUCGAGCAAUCCUGUACUGUACAGCUUUGAAAGAUUAUAAAAACAACUUAAAAGAGAGUCUGCCAGGAACAGAUGGUAUACUUAACAGAUGGAAGCAUAAAAUUAUUUUUUUAAUUGCUUCAAAUAUUGUCUGAGAUUUUACUGCUGUAAAACGUCAUUACAUAUGAAAACUUCAGAGCCCUGAAGUGUGAUGAUGUCAUAUCCUGUUUCCGCCGACAUUCACAGUGGCGUCCGACAAAAAUACGCACGCUUAAAGCCUAGUGUGACCGCGGCAUUAGCUGACGUCAUCAAAGUGUGCACUCAGAGGAAGGCCACAAUGGCGAAGUGUGCCAUUUGGGACAGGUCCAACAGAAGAAGAGGAAUUGCGGUUUUUCAGCCUUGAGUGAACGGUUUAUUUUUCUCACUGAGUGGGUUAUGAUCAGAGCCUCCUUUUCCAGAAACACCAUUUAGACCUCAUAAUAAGACUUAUAAUGGAAUCAGCAGGGAUACGACCGUGUUCUUCUAGCAAACCUCCACACACUCCUGGUCCCACUGACUCACAGCUUUGUGGGGAUGUGCAGACAGAAAAAUAUACGUCUUCAGAUGGAGGGACAUCAGGCUCCGUAGAACACAUCACCUGUGUGAACCUUCAGAAACAUGUAAAAAAGGAAGAAACUGUAGAUGAAGAAUACUUCUCAACACCAGUCUCUGUGGGACACAUCACACCUGUGGACCUACAGAAUCAUGUGGAAAAGGAAGAACCUGAAGAUAAAGACUAUCUCUAUGCUGGGACAUCAAACUCUGUGGAAGAUGUAGACCAAAAUAAUGGAGGAUUUGAAAGGAAGCAUGUAAAAGAGGAAGCAUCUGAAGAUGAAGACAUCCAUACAAGGACAGACUGGGACAUGGAUGAUGCCCAGGUAGAAGUCUUCUCCUGCUGCUGGUGUUCACUUUCCUAUACAUCUCAACUUUAUCUCCACAAACACAUCAGAAGAUACCACUAUGAGGAAUAUGAGAGACUGCUACAAUCAGGAGAGUUAAAAGACAUGAACAAUAUCACCGCAAUAAGCUCCAGUAUUCAGCAAAUAGCCUCCGUUACACUCGACAUUAACUUCUCUAAUAAACAAAUACAGAAAGAAGUUUAUCCCUGCUCACAGUGUGGGAAGAGUUUUACUGACCGGAGUAAUCUCAAACAACACCAGCGCAUUCACACAGGAGAAAAACCGUAUCACUGCUCACAGUGUGGGAAGAGCUUUAUUCAACAGAGUAAUCUACAAGCACACCAGCGCAUUCACACAGGAGAAAAGCCGUAUCACUGCUCACAGUGUGGGAAGAGCUUUAUUCAACAGAGUAAUCUACAAGCACACCAGCGCAUUCACACAGGAGAAAAGCCGUAUUCCUGCUUAGAAUGUGGAAAGAGUUUUAUUCGGCAGAGUGAUCUACAUGUACACCAGCGCAUUCACACAGGAGAAAAACCGUAUCACUGCUCAGAAUGUGGGAAGAGCUUUAUUCAACAGAGUAAUUUACAAAAACACCUGCGCAUUCACACAGGAGAAAAGCCGUAUUCCUGCUCAGAGUGUGGGAAGAGUUUUAUUCGACAGAAUGAUCUACAUGUACACCAGCGCAUUCACACAGGAGAAAAACCGUAUCACUGCUCAGAGUGUGGGAAGAGCUUUAUUCGACAGAAUGAUCUACAAAUACACCAGCGCAUUCACACAGGAGAAAAGCCGUAUCACUGCUCAGAGUGUGGGAAGAGCUUUAUUCGACAGAAUGAACUACAAAUACACCAGCGCAUUCACACAGGAGAAAAGCCAUAUCACUGCUCAGAGUGUGGGAAGAGCUUUAUUCAACAGAGUGAUCUACAAAGACACCAGCGCAUUCACACAGGAGAAAAGCCGUAUUCGUGCUUAGAGUGUGGGAAGAGCUUUAAUCGACAGAGUAAUCUACAAAUACAUCAGCGUGUUCACACAGGAGAAAAGCCGUACCACUGCUCAGAGUGUGGGAAGAGCUUUAUUCAACAGAGUAAUCUACAAAUACACCAGCGCAUUCACACUGGAGAAAAACCAUAUCACUGCUCAGAGUGUGGGAAGAGCUUUAUUCAACAAAGUGACCUACAAAAACACCAGCGCAUUCACACUGGAGAAAAACCAUAUCACUGCUCAGAUUGUGGGAAGAGCUUUAAUCACCAGAGUAAUCUACACAAACACCAACGCAUUCACUAAGGUGAAAAAAAAACUCAUACGCUCAUACUGUAAGAAGAUGUUUACAGAUAAAGAUAAGCUCAAAGUAUAUCAGAGCAUUCGUACAUGAGAAAAGCUGUAAGAGUGCUCAAAGUACGGGAAGAGUUUUAAUCAAAAGAGUAAUUUCAUGCAACACCAACAAAUUCACGUAGCAUAGUUUCUGAAACAGGAAGCACCCCGCCCUCAGAACAGUCCAGUGCUGGUCGGACCAGUCGGAUUGAUCACGACGUUUUGAUCACGUGGACUGGGCAGAUGUUCUGGUCCGCCUCUGAUGACGACCUCGAUGUAUAUGCAGACUCUGUCACGUGUUUCAUCAGGAAGUGCAUAGAAGACGUGAUGCAGACCAAAACAAUAUGGAUCUAUCCUAAUAGUAAACCCUGUAUUAAUGGUGAAGUCCGAGCAGCACUACAUUACAUCUGCUUUUAAUUCUGCAACCACAGAGGAACAAAAACAUGCCAAAUAUUCCCACCGUAAUUCAAAAUUAUUGAAUUUCGAAGGACAAAAAUACAGAAAAGAAAAAUUGCCCUUUUAAUCCAACUAAUCAAUUAAUCAAAGAAAUAAUCGACAGAUUAAUUGAUUGUCCAAAUAAUCGUUACUUGCAGCCCUACAGAGAUUACAUUUGCUCCGUACUGCCCGCAUCUCUGGGCCCACUGCAAUUUGCUUAUAGUAGCAGCCACUCCACAGAUGAUUCUGUUGCCUUCACCCUUCACACUGCUCUCUCCUUCCUGGACAAGAACACUUAUGUAAGAAUGUUGUUUGUGGACUACAGCUCAACAUUCAACACCAUAGUGCCCUCCAAACUUGACGUUAAUCUCUGGGCUCUGGGCUUAAACAGCUCGGUCUGCAGCUGGAUUUUGGACUUUCUGUCAGGCAGAUGCCAGGUGGUCAAAAUGGGCAACAACAUCUCCUCACUACUGACCCUUAAUACCGGAGCCCUGCAGGGCUGUGUUCUCAGCCCACUCCUGUACUCGUUGUACACACAUGACUGUGUGGCCACCCAUAGCUCCAACGUCAUUGCCAAAUUUGCUGACAACACGACAGUGGUAGGCUUGAUCAAGGAGGACGAUGAAAUGGCCUACAGACAAGAGGUACGUUCUUGUCUGUACGUACACUGGUGCCAGUGAGAACAACCUCUCUCUAAACAUCAUCAAGGCCAAGGAACUUGUGCUGGACUUUAGGAGACAGGACACAAAGCACAGUCCCAUCACAAUCAACAGAGCAUCAGUAGAAAAGGUCAGCAGCUUCAAGUUCCUAGUGGCCCACUUAACGUGGUCUGUCCAUAUGGAGACCAUAAUAAAGAAAGCUCACCAGCAGCUCUUCCUAAGAAGUCUGGGGAAGUUCGAGAUGAGCUCCAGCAUCCUCAGAUCAUUCUACACAUGCACAGUGGAGAGCAUCCUGUCUGGCUGCAUCACCGUCUGGUAUGGGAACAGUACUGUCCUCAGCUAAAAUGUGCUGCAGAGAAUAGUACGUACAUCUCUGCAUAUAAUUGGAGGUGAGCUUCCCUCCCUCCAGGAAAGCUCGGGGGAUCAUUAAAGACUCCAGCCAUCCAAGCCAAGCACGGUUCUCAUUGCUACCAUCUGGUAGACAGUAUCACAGCAUGAGAACCCGUACCAGCAGAUUGUGGGACAGCUUUUUCCCCUUAGACCAUCAGGUUACUAAACAGUUAAUAACAACUUUGUGUGUAUGUGUAUAUAUGUGUGUGUGUGUGUGUGUGUGUGUGUGUGUG